UGAACACCUCAAGUCCAUGGCAACCCACUGUAGCCCUAGAUUUGAAGAACACAUAGCCUAUGCUUUGAAAAAUCCCUUUCAUAAGGGCAUAUCGAGAAUCGAGUCGAGACAAUACAUCUCUUUCUAUGAGGAAGACGAGUCAUGCAAUCAAUUGUUAUUGAAGCUGGCAAAAAUUGAUUUUAAUCGAGUACAAAUAUGGCACCAACAAGAGCUAGUUGAGAUUUUGAGGUGGCAUAAAGAGUUAGACGUUGAAGUGAACUUUCCUUACUCGAGAGAUAGACCAGUGGAAACCUACUUGUGGACUGUUGGAACCUUUUUCGAAUCACAUUAUGCGACCACAAGGAAGUUUCUUACCAAAUUUACUAUUCUGUUGACUUAUUUGGACGACACAUAUGACGCAUAUGGUACGAUUGAAGAACUUCGGCUGCUAACAAAUGCAAUACAAAGGUGGGACAGUGAUCACUUGGAAGAGGCACCAAAUAGCAUGAAAUUUCUAUGCAAGGCUUAUUUGGAUUUAUUCCAUGAAAAAGAAGAGGAGUUCAACAAUGAAGGAAAACCCUACCAUCUCUCUUAUGCAAUCGAUGCGGUAUUGAUUGACUAAUUACUUGUUUGAUUUUCUCAUACUUAA